GAUUCAACACGUGCUGCAGCAACAACAUAUCGCCUCUCCGUCUCAUCCUAUUCCUCAUCAUCAUCACAUUUAUUUUUUUAAGUCUACAGUCGGAUUUUAAAAAUAUACAUUUCUUUUGAAACAACAUAAUAUAGUGUUUGGUAGACAUGGGAAAGCACAAGCGGGACAAGGUGGGCAAAGCUUUGAGAGACAACCCAAUCGCCCAAUCGGGUGGUGGGGCGUCGUCGUCAUCAAGAAUUUCGCUUGGUGAUCAGAUCCACUCUGAUAGAUACGUCAAUGGAGCUCCAACAUCGAAAUCUAGCCAACUUGUAGGAAUUGAUGAAGAGCCAGAACAGUUCGUGGAUAGCAAAACGACCAAGAAGUUGUUGAAACAGGCUCGCGUACAGCAGCAACAGUUGGAGGAUGAGCUAGCGGAAGUGGAAGAAGGUCAUGAUGGGGGUCGCUCCACUGCUGGGGGAAAAUCUAGCAGAACAUCGAAAGCAAAGUUCAAUCUGGGAGGAGGACCCAAAGUCCAAGACUCUGAAGAGGAUGAAGAUGAGUUGGCAGCUUCUGAUGAUGAUGAAGCUGACGAAGGAAAUUUUGCACAAGAAAUUCAAAUCGAUCCAGACGAUGAGUUUGCAUUGGAGCGUUUCAUGAACAAAAAUCCUGAACCUGCACGAAAACUAGGCGAAAUUUUAAUGGAGAAAUUGACAGAAAAAAGGACAGAAAUUGAGACACAAUUGUCUGAUGCCGGACUUGUUAUGCAAAAACUGGAUCCCAGAGUUGAAGCAAUGUAUGAAGGUGUUAGAGAUGUUCUUACCAAGUAUAGAAACGGAAAGCUACCAAAGGCCUUCAAAUUAAUCCCACGUCUGACAAAUUGGGAGCAAAUUUUGUAUAUUACAGAUCCAAAUGGAUGGUCUGCCGCAGCAAUGUAUCAGGCAACACGAAUAUUCACCUCCAACCUAAAAGAAAAGAUGGCUCAGCGGUUCUUCAACUUGGUUUUGCUUCCUCGUGUGCGCGAUGAUAUCUCAGAAUAUAAAAAAUUAAACUUUCAUUUGUAUCAAGCUUUGCGUAAAGCAUUGUUUAAACCUGGAGCAUUCAUGAAAGGAAUUCUUAUUCCACUGUGCGAAAGCGGGACGUGUACACUCCGAGAGGCUAUAAUUAUCGGAUCAGUGUUAGCCAAGAAUUCAGUCCCCUUGCUACAUUCAGCUGCAGCCAUGUUAAAAAUUGCGGAAAUGGACUAUUCUGGAUCAAAUUCUAUUUUUUUGAGAAUAUUUUUGGACAAGAAGUAUGCCCUACCAUACCGUGUUAUUGACGCUGUAGUUUUCCAUUUUCUAAAAUUCGAAAAGGACAAACGACUUCUCCCAGUGUUGUGGCACCAGGCCAUGCUCGUCUUUACCCAACGAUACAAAGAGUAUAUGAGUUCAGAACAAAAAGAGGCACUUUUGGUCCUAUUAAGAUCUCACUCUCACCAGCAAAUUACUCCAGAAAUUAGACGAGAACUAAUGAAUUCAAAAUGCAGGGACGAUAUAAUUGCGGAAACGUCAUUAACAAAAUCAUUGACUAAUGUAAAGAUGGAUGACUCUUAAAUGUUUUAGAGAGUUUGGAGUUUUUGUUAUUACAUAUUAUUUGGAAUUCCGCAAAAUAACUUGUCUUUAAUGUGUACAACUAAUUAUACUUCCGUAAACUAUUCGUUUAAUAAAUUAGUAACUUUAAA